UCUAUUUUGGCAGCUCAGCGAAAUUAGGGUUUUUGCUAGACAGAGAGGAACCAAAAAGCUAUGGAGGUCGCAGCUCAAAUCGGUCAGCUGCUAAACGCCACCGUCAGCCCCGAUUCCGGCGCUGUCCAUACGGCAACCGAAGCCCUCGAUCGCCUCUCUCAGCUCCCCGAUUUCCCUUACUAUCUCCUCUCCAUCUCCGCCGGAGGUGAAAAUCAAGGUCAGAAAAUCGCUGCGGCUACAUACUUAAAAAACUUCACUAGGAAAAAUGUUGAAGGGGAUGUUUCGGAUUCGAAGCCGAAAGUCAGUAAGGAGUUCAAGGACCAGCUCUUGCGAGCUUUGCUGCAAUCCGAACCUGCGGUCGUUAAAGUUUUGGUUGAAGUGUUCCGGGUUAUUGUUGUUGCUGAGUUUGUUAAGCAGAAUUGGUGGCCUGAACUUGUUCCUGAUCUGCGAGCCGCCCUUGAAAAUAGUAACCUUAUUAGUGGUGCAAACUCUCAAUGGAACACCGUUAAUGCCCUACGAGUUCUUCAUGCACUUGUUAGACCUUUUCAGUAUUUUUUGGAGGCUACAGUUUCAAAGGAGCCAGUACCGCCACAGCUAGAGCUAAUUGCAAAGGAUAUUCUUGUGCCUUUGUUAACAUUAUUCCAUCAAAUUGUUCAAAAGGCAUUGGGUACUCAUGGUAUGACAGACGUGGAAACAGAAAAUUUACUUCUGAUUGUCUGCAAAUGCAUGUAUUUCACUGUGAGGUCGCAUAUGCCAUCUGCUUUAGUGCCUCUUCUACCUUCGUUUUGUCAUGAUCUAAUUCGCAUUCUUGAUUCUUUGAGUUUUGACUGCGUGAUAACUCCAGACAAUGGGUACCAGAUGAGGUUAAAGACUGGAAAAAGAAGUCUGCGCAUUUUCUGUUGUCUCAUUACUCGACACCGGAAGUAUUCUGAUAAGUUGAUGCCAGACAUUGUAAAAUGUGCUCUGAACGUAGUCAAAUACAGCAAGAAUAUCAGCAAGCUUGACUUUUUAUCGGAGAGGAUUAUUUCAUUGUCUUUUGACGUGAUAUCACAUGUUCUUGAAACAGGGCCCGGAUGGAGAUUAGUUUCGCCACAUUUUUCAUAUCUCUUGGAUUCUGCAAUCUUUCCAGCAUUGGUAAUGAAUGAAAAGGAUAUCUCAGAGUGGGAAGAAGAUGCAGAGGAGUACAUACGAAAGAAUCUUCCAUCUGACCUUGAAGAAAUUUCUGGCUGGAGGGAGGAUCUAUUUACAGCCAGAAAAAGUGCUAUAAAUUUACUCGGUGUUAUUUCAGUGUCAAAGGGACCUCAAAUGGGAACUUCUACUAAUGCCUCAUCAGCUUCAUUCAAACGCAAAAAGGGUGAAAAGAAGAAGCGAAACAAUCAAACUUGUUCAAUUGGAGAACUAUUGGUGCUUCCAUUUCUGUCAAAGUUUCCAAUUCCUUCUGAUUAUGCUAAUCCAUCCCAAACUAGAAUUAUGAAUGACUAUUUUGGUGCUUUGAUGGCAUAUGCUGGCUUGCUAGAUUUUCUAAGAGAGCGGGAACCUACACAUUCAGCAACUCUGGUUCGAUCUCGGCUGCUACCAUUGUAUAAUUUAUCAGUGGGCCCACCGUUGGUUGCUGCUGCAAACUGGGUGCUGGGAGAACUGGCAUCCUGUCUACCUGAAGACAUGAGUGCAGAUGUGUAUUCCUCGUUGCUAAAGGCAUUGGCUAUGCCCGAUAGCAGUGAUACUUCUUGUUAUCCAGUGCGGGUAUCUGCUGCUGCAGCCAUUGUAGUGCUUCUUGAUAAUGACUACCCACCACCUGAGUGGCUUCCUCUCCUUCAAGUUGUGAUUGGUAGAAUUGGCCGUAACGAGGAAGAAAACUCUAUUUUAUUUCAGCUUCUUAGUUCUGUGGUGGAGGCGGGAAAUGAAAAUGUUGCAGUCCAUAUCCCAUAUAUCAUUUCAUCAUUGGUUGUGGAAAUCUCAAAAUGCAUGCCCCCUGGUCUGGAGCCAUGGCCUCAAAUGGUUGAGAAUGGCUUUGCAGCAUUAGCAGUGAUGGCUCAAAUUUGGGAAAAUGAUAUGUCUGAAGAACUGGAAGAGAAGGAAUCCAGCCAAAACUUUCUAUCAGGUCAAGCUACUAUCGGCAGAGCUUUCUCUGAUCUCUUGCAACAGGCUUGGCUCGCACCAAUGCAUAUAUCGGAUCAGGAAGAUAAUGCUUUACCCCCUCCAUCUUGCUUAGAUUCUGCAUCAACGCUACUUCGAUCCAUCAUGCUAUCUGUUACUGGAAGUAAUGUAAUUCUAGAGCUUAAAGUACCAGAGCUAUUAUUAGUUUGGGCUGAUCUGAUUGCGGACUGGCAUGCUUGGGAAGAAUCAGAGGACAUGUCAGUCUUUGAGUGCAUUAAAGAAGUUGUCAGUCUACACAGUAAGUAUGGGCUGAAGAAUUUUAUUGUAGGACAGAUGCCAUCUCCUCCAGCUCCACCUGUUCCCAAGCAUUCUGUAAUAGAAGGUAUUGGUACUUUUAUAAGCGAGGCCACUUUACAAUAUCCAUCUGCAACAUGGAGGGCUUGCUCGUGUAUCCAUUUGCUGCUACAUGUCCCAAGUUACUCAUCUGAGACAGAAAGCGUGAAGCAGUCAUUAGCAGCAGCAUUUUGUCAGGCAACAUUUUCUCGUUUCAGAGAAGUUAAAAGCAAGCCUGGAUCUCUGUGGAAGCCUUUGUUGCUUGCUAUAUCAUCGUGCUAUUUAUGUUCUCCUGAAGUUGUAGAGAGUACAUUGGAGAAGGAUGGAGAUGGAGGCUUCGAAACCUGGUUAGCUGCCCUCGGAUUGGUUUCCACCAACUCUUUCAAACCUGGGCUAUCAAGAGAGUCAGACAUAAAGUUGAUUGCGGUGGCACUGGCUAAAGUGGUUGAACGACUACUGAUACUCGGAAAGUCUGGUGCUCUGUUACGAGAAUGCUUUACUUCUCUGAUGGAAGCAUCUGCCCGAUUUAAUGAAGUUGAGGAAGAUAAUGAUGAAGAUGCAGAAGAAGAUAUGGAUGAUGAAGACGACGAUGGUGAAAUAGAAGACGAUGAUGAGGACGAGGAUUCGGAGGAUGAUGAACAUGAAGAAACUGAAGAAGAGUUCCUGAAUCGAUAUGCUGAAGCAGCUCUUGCCUUGGAAAAUGGUUCAGUUAUUGAAGAGGGGGAUAUCGAAGAUGAAGACCAGGAAAUGGAUUUUGAGAGAGGCUGCCUAGAGGAAAUUAAUCUGCAAGAAGUUGUGACGUUACUUGUGCAGAAGUAUCAUCCCAUUGUCAUAGAAAGACAGGAGGCAUAUCCACCAGAGCUCAUUUCAAGAUUUGUAGAGUGUUUCCCGCAGUGUAAGAUUUUCUUCCAGCAUUAUUCGAAGUGUUGAGUUCUGCAGACCCUCUAUGUUGCAAUUUUUUCUUUUCUUUUUACCAUAGUUUGAUUUCAAGAAAUUUUGUGAGACCAUUUUGUUACAGAAAGUGAAGAGAAGAAAGUUGUGGUAAUAAGCAUAAAUGACUGUAAAUCAAACCGGCAAUCUCAUUUUUUUGGUACAUGAGAGUUUAGUCCUAGAAAUGCCAUCGAUAUCAUCCAUCACAAAUUUAUAGACAAAUGGAGGAAUGGAAGGACAUAUGCAAAGCCCCAACUCGUGAUCAGUACUUCUCUUUUGGCUAGACCUUCAGCCACCAUAUUCCUCACGAUAAAUAUGCAGAAUGAAUGAGAACUCAGAAGGGGUAAAGGAUAACCCCGGAAUUAGAGAGGCAGGAUGGAGAUCAAUGUCAGAGCCUAUAGAUUCAAGAGGAUAGCUGAAUCAGUUUCCACUGCCAAUGUUCCUCGUAAAGCCAUAAUGCCAAAUUCCUCUGGCACCAAUUAAAGCCAUUAUGGGUUCGAGAACCAUCCAACUUUAAUUGGAAUUGGCCAACACAAGGUUUUUCCUAGCACACCAUCUCAGUUCUACUGACAGAAAUAGCCUUUAGAAUUUAAUCAAUAUAUGUGACAUCAACUCCAUUAUUCUCUAAUGUACUGAAGAAUAACGGUGGCAGUAUUAUGUGACCAUCAUCAAAGUAUACUUGUUACGCCAUUUCCAAACAAACCAACAGGUGUAAAACGAGACCAAUCCAAUCCCAAAAACUUGCAAUUUCUUUGCCAUCCAAUUAUCCCAGUCAAAGUUUAAUAGUCCUACUGUCCUAGUAAUGGUAGCAGCCAUUCCAAAUGGCAUGUAUCCCUGAACAAAUGAAUCAUAAGACUCAGGUUGCCAGGGCAAUGUUUACACUUUGGAUUCAUAGUAAGGUGCCUAUAAACUCGGUGUACAUUAGUCAAAAGUCUCCAUCUAACAAGGAGCCAAGUGAAGAUUUUCAAUUUAGGAUGAAUAAGCUCCAGAUACCUUUUCCAGCUUCCAUGCACCACACAUAGGUUGACCAUCACAGACAGUGCUAUUGUAGACACUUCUCACAGUAAAUCUGCCAUCAGGGGAUAAAGUAAGGAAGUCCUUUUCUCGACUGGCUAUUCUAUGGAUAUCGCUGAAGAAAUAGAACUAAAAAUUUAAAUGCCACCUUUUCGCCUUCUAGGGUGCUUGCUCAAAAUGUAAAAUAACAAAUGCAUAUGCCAACUACACAGAAUUUCAAUCUACAUUCAUUUACACACAUGCAGGAAGUUCAUAAAUCAGCAUACAAUUCAUCCACAAUUAAAGUAUAACGAACUAAUCAAGUUUGUGCUUCAAACAGGAGGCUUCUUUCUGUUUGUUUAAUUUUGUUGGGGGAUUUUAUUUUUCACUUUUGUAUAGAUAUGCAUUUGAGGGUAAAGCUCACUACGUCCCCCCCACUAGAUGUACAUUUUUUUUUUAAUUAAUAAAUAAUGCGUUAUUUCUUCUUUUAUUAACAAAAGAAAAUGGAUGCCAAACUAGACGAAGCUUUACCAACCUGAUAAAAAUUAGAAAACUUAUUAGCAAGCCUCCAUUCUUUCAAUUUGAGAACAAAGAUGCUUAAUUUUGCUAGAACAGUGUGUACAAGAAUGGAAUGCAAAAACAAGGAACAGAACAUCCACACACAUAAAGUCCCUCCUACAUAGUUAAAAGAGUAACUACCACCAAGUAAUGUUACAUGUUCUUGUGAAAACUGUACCUUGAUGUCAUUGAGAUGCCUAUAAACUUCUUGCAAAACUGUACCUUGGACAAAUUCUUUUUGUUCCAUUCCAACAAUCAAGACAUCAAGUUCACCAUCUAAAGCCCAAAAUAUACUUACCAGUACUGCAACUAUUUGACAGACUCGAAUUCAAUUGUACAAAAUACUCAUAGAUACAUGUCCGUCUCAAUACACAUUCCACUUAAUCAAUACAGAAAAAUACUUUCCCAAUUUCAGAAGAUUGAACAAGAAUCAAAUAGUGGAACACAAGGAUUUGAACCUUGAUCUUCUCGAAAUCUUGCAAGUUGCAAGCCCGAGAGCUCUACCAUAUUUGAGCUACAUUCCAUUAACCUAACCUAAUUAACUACCUAGUAAUUACAUCCUACAAACCUAAUCAUAGCAUUACACAAUUGGUAAUAUUUUCCACCAAGCAAAUAGCAUUCAACCACACAUUUCUUAAUAUAUACAAACCUAAACCUAAUAAACUCGGUGCACAUUAAUCAUAGCACUAGUCGUUAGAUAUAAGACAGAACCAAAGUUCAACCGAGCUCGAAAACAUAGCAUCAUCAUGCCCCAAACAAACCAACUCCAAAGCAUAAAACCACCACCAGAGAAGAGAGUAAACAAGGUAUCCAACGUGGAGACAACUUGGAGAAGAGGAAUGCAGCUCAAUACAGAUAAUGCAGCGCAAACACCAACUACUAUAAAAGCAGACGACCCUCUUGUUGCGAACACUAGAGGUCAACACCAAGCCAAUUUUUGAAUAAUGAGACAACAUAAAAUGAUCUUCAUUUCAGAGUUCCUCAUAUGACACUUGACGAGGCACAGAGAAGAACAUAAAUGAUCUUCAUUCAACAAACAACUGUUUUAUACUCGAGAACUAUAUAUCAACCAGCACUUUUAACAACAAGAAGACAUCACCCAAGCAGACAUCAACCAGAAGAGCAGAAACUACUGAAUUAUCUGUCUGCAGAUGAACAACUUCUGCCAGCCAGUUUCAACACUGAAACCUGAUAUCAUCACACUACCACACAACCAACUCCAAAGGCAGCAAAAACAAUACUACUGGCAAAAAUUACAGGUAGCAAUGACCAGUAGAAUAGGUGAAAAACCCUUCGAAUACAAUGCAGCAAAUACCAUUAGACAUCACAGCCAAAUUGUUGUAGCAAUCAAUAAUAUGAGAACAUAGGAAUCAAAUUGACCCCCGGACCACAAAUCUGCCCGUCUUACCAACAGACCAACCAAAAUCAAAACCCACACUUGGAAAGAAAUCUUCUCUACCAAACCUGAACAUAGACAACACUAUCACCAUCAGUUGGGAGGUCAGAUUACUGUUGGUAUGAUAAAAAAUUAGGGCAAAGAAGCAACUAAACCCCUACAGCAGACCCCAUACAAAUUUUAAUAAGCAGUCUUUACUUCAUUAAACAAUUCAGAAUCAUAAGAUACUCUUUCAAGGGAAAUCUGCAAAAGACAAUUUUAACAUUCAGAAGUCAAGAUACUGUACACAAGUCACAUAAAAACAAAAUCAUCAAACCAGCAUAAGAACAAGAACAAUCAAUGAAUACAAAUGAACAUAGAGGCAAGGAUCCAUGAUGAUGCCAAACCUAUUUAGUGAUUAUCUUUUCGCGAAAUCACACAGCAUCUGUUGAUAAAAAUCCCAAACACAGCUGAACCACCCAAACUCCAGCUCACCAUGCCAAUGGACCAGGGAAAGAACAAACAUAAGUGCAGCAAUGAAGUGGCCACAGAAUAAAGCAGAAACACAUGAGUGAACCCGAUGUUUAGACACCAGUGAUAGAGCAGUCUAAAUCCUCCUACACUAAUAACCAAAAGAAGUGAUAAACCAGAAAACAGCUUCCCCUAUUGAGUUCAAUAAUACAACCUGGAAACUUCAAAAAUUUAAUCAUACCUAACAACAGAAACAAGUGACAAGGAAGCAUAAGCAACCACUAUGAGAUGAAGACAAGUAAUACCAACCCUUAUUCAGCAUUGAGGAAAUCGUACCCCCUCUGAAGAAAUACAGCAGCAUCUGUAGUUAAAAAAGCAACCCAAGUGAAAGUCACCGAAAGAUAACAAAAUGAUAAAUUAAUGGCCAAAACUGAUAAAGAAGUUGCUUGCUAAGCCUAAUACGCCUAAUACACAACAACAUGUGCAUGAGCCAAGGAAGAAUUCAGAAACACCUUUUGUUCCAAAACUGCAGUGAGGAUAAUAAACCAAUGAAACCUCGGAAGAAAAAUCUGUAGCCACCACCGACGCAGCCAUAAUCCUCCUGAAGGACACCAAUAACAACCACAAUCCAUUCUAAAUCUAGCAGGUAGUGGAAACAAGAAAAACAUUCUAAACCUAGCAAGUAGUAAAUGACACCAAAAACCAAACAACUGUAUCACAGAAGCGCUCACUAUACAAACAUCAACAGUCUCUCCAAAUACCAGCCAAACCCCAAGAACACAACCGAUGAGAAUAAUGCAAUGAUAUCUAGAGAUGCAUAUCUUUGUAAAAACUCCAAGCAAAAUACUCAAACCUGCUACAGGAAUAGGCUGUCCAAGAAUCCUGAAUAGAAAGCAGUAGCAAGUCCAACACCACAACCCACCAAAUUCAAGGUUUGAUACUUGGAUAGAAAUUUGUCAAAAAUGCAGAGACCUUCUCAAUAAAUAUUCUAAUUAGAAACCUGAGAAGAACCAAAUAUUGAUUGAAUUAUUGAAAGUACACAGAAACCCAAUAUUGGAAAAUCUAAAUCUUAAGACAAGAAGCAUCAAACCCCCUCUUUAAGAGAUGCAUAGUGCUGUGACAACUGACAACCUCCUCCUCAAAACCGAGUUCCCAUACUUUGUGAAUGAUUCAGAGCUCCACAUUCAUAACAAACCAACAAACCCCCUCAUGCAGAUAUCCAAAAUCCUCUGGCCAUCAAAUACUGUCCACAAACACCAUCCAUGAUUCACAUAUUCACAUCAAGUCUAUACUAGAUUGAAAAUUUUAAGAAUUUGUUGGAAAAGAACUCUUGCUUUACAAUCAGUUGACCACCAAAACAAACAGAACUGAAGCAAAAAUUUCUCCUGCAGGCCAAAUCUAAAAACACCAAGAAAGACCGUAACCACAAUGCUGGGCCUGAAAACAAGUAGUGAAAA